CACUUUCAGUACAGACUCACAUUAAUACUGCUUCACUCCUACUCCUACUCCAACUCCUCUUCCUGCUCUUUUUGCUUGCGCUCUCAUCUGUUUCUAUUUGCUGUAUACUUCUUGUCCCCACCAGCCGGUGCUUCUAUCACGAGAUUAAGAUUGUGCUGAUUUUGCCUCUCAUCAUCCCUUGAUUAAGCGUGUCGCCAACUCACGUGCUAUUGAUCAUGAUGUCUCUCAAGCGCAAGGCCUCUUUUACAUCCUUCCAGGCCGCUACUAGAACCGAAUUUUGCUCACAGGCAGAGGGGGAUAUCCCGCAACACCUCCACAGCCGCACACGGAAGAGAUUCCGUGACAAUCGGCCAGAUGAACAAACUGUAUAUGAGAAAACGUUACGAAUACUGUACGAGGCUCAGAAGAGACAUGAUUCGCCCAGGACCGACGAAGUAGAGGAACCAAUGCCGCUCUCCCCGCCACCAUCUGACCCCGGUGCCCUCGACCCUCGUCAGCAAACCCUACGAAAGUUCUUUCAACCCGUACAGGCAUCGCCCUCUAUAAACAUCGAUCGCAUGUCACAAAACACAAUUAAUGGAUUAGAUAUCCAUCCCAAUGCUGCUUCGGAGAAGGACUCUGUGAUGGAAACCGAGCGCAGCCAAAGCGUGUGCAGCAGUGGAUCGUCCACUCCUGUCUUUGCCGGAUCGGAGAUGGACACGCACAUGAACAUGGAUAUGAAUAUGAAUGCGAAUCUGGUAACGGAAAGAAAAUGGAUUGGUUUUAGCUGGGUGUCAUUUCCACCUGGGUCUGUCACUUCAUGAAAGUUUCGGUCAUGAUAAUAUAUGAUUGUCUUUUCUCAAGUUGUUUGGAGUUUUGGGGUCGAUGCGAGGCUGCCUCUAUAUUUCGCUUAUGCAUUUCGAGCUGCCUGCAGGCUUUGGAGUGAUGCUAUUUAGCCUGGGUCUGUUUUGUUGUUAUGACUGGCUGCGUUUUGCACUCCAAUCAUGUAUGAUCUGGUAUAGUAUAUAUGAAUAUGGUAACUGCGGGCAAGAUAUGAAUCAAGGAUACAUUCAACAAUUCUUCAUAUUUGAAUACGAUCAUCUUUGAUAUAUUAACCUUGUAUCUAUUUUCGCACAGAGCUCAAGCCUCUAUAUGAUGGCAUAGAGAAAUUCAAUAACUAUAUUUAGAAUUUAA